AUCACUCUUCGGACUCACUCUCCGCACCAACUCCUCUCUCCAUCAUGAAUGAGCCACAAGAGAGAAGCUCUUCUCCUUCCUCCUCUUCUUCUUCUUCCUCUUCCCUGUCUUCUUCUUCCUCUUCUUCUUCUUUGACUGCUGCUGCUGUUCGUGGUGGUGGUGGUGGUAUCGCCGCGAACACCAACACAAUUGCGGCAGCUUUGGCCUCAACUGCCUCUACCCAGCCGGAAUGCGGCAGGACAGACCCGUGCCGGCAUGCUGACGCGACGAGCAAAGGAUCACCGGAGCUGGCCAAAAUGAGCGCCGCCGACGACGGCCAGACGAAGCGGCGCAAGGCCGGCGGAGACGGGAAACACCCCACGUACCGAGGCGUCCGGAUGAGGAGCUGGGGCAAGUGGGUGUCCGAGAUCCGGGAGCCGCGUAAGAAGUCCAGGAUUUGGCUCGGGACGUUCCCCACCCCCGAGAUGGCGGCUCGGGCGCACGACGUCGCGGCGCUGACGAUCAAGGGCCAGUCGGCGAUUCUGAAUUUCCCGGAGCUGGCGCAGGAUCUGCCGAGGCCCGCGUCUGCGUCCCCGAGAGACAUCCAGGCUGCCGCUGCCAAGGCCGCGGCCUUCACGUUGGAUGUGCCCAAGGGUUGGGCCUCCGAGCCGACCAGCUGUUCAGAAUCCAGAGGGUCGCCGGAGCCGCCCACCGUCGCCAACGCAUCUCCGCAAGCCACGGAUUCCUACAGUAAUGAGGACGAGCUGCUCUUCAACCUGCCGGAUCUCUUGCUCGACGUCGGCGAGAGCUUUUACCUCUUCCCCACGUGGCUGCCUGCCGGAAUUGACGCCGGAUCCCGGCAAGAAGAAGCCAUCCCGUGGGACUGCUACUUCUGAUGAUUGUCAUUUUACCACCACCAAAAGCUUGUACAUUCUCUAGAGAUAAAUUGGUAAGUUGGAAACCCCAACAAAGCAACAGGGGACUUCAUUUUGCCAUA